UCAUCCUGAAAGACCGUGUGUCAGUGCUUUUCGAGAGUUCUGCUACUGCAAUGGGGGCGUCUUUGUGGACCGCCACACACUGUCAUAUUCAUCGGGAUGCUUAGUCCUGAUGGAAAGGAGGUGUGGGUUAAAGCUCCUUCCUGACAUUUUAUCUAAUAAGCAGAAUUUGGAAAGGAUGACUCGUAUUUACAUCAUGCACGCAUUGACGAAAGAGUUAGAGAAACUCCCGAAAAUACCUGGAAUUCAAUCGCCAUUGUUUGGAGCUGUAUCUAGCCCAGCUGUUUUCCCGGAAGUUCUGUUGGUCUACAGAACUUUUUUCUCACUUUGCAUCGUGAAGGGCGAUAAACCUUUAGUGCCAGGCAAAGGGGAAAGGAAACACAGAGAGUGGAAGCACAGUGGUACUUGGCUCGAAGCUGGCCAAAUCACCAACAUACUGUUCUAUGGUAGAAGGUUUUAUUGCCUGUGCUCAAUGAGACGUCUUAUCCUUGUUGGUCAUAAGGAUGGUGCACUUUCCGUGGAGGUCCUGGACAUGGACGGGGACAACCUUCCGGCAGAAGAGACAACAAUUCAGCUACUGUUUGAAUCCAACACACGGGUGCAUGCUGCUAUCCUUCACAAGAACAGUGCAGACCCCCAGUCAAUCAGCUCUUUUCAGCUGUUUCAGGCUGAUCUCAAGAAUAACAAGUGGGUUGAGAUUUACGGUCUUAGCAAUAAAAAGAUCCUUGUCAUCAGCAAUGCCUACUCUUGUUCUUCACUAGCAAACAGGAUCAACUACAUCAACUUGUCCCCGGCUUUUUUCAGGCUCAGCACAGGUACAAUGGACAUGCGGGCUGCUUCAACUUCCAUUUGCGAGUUCCACAACUGGACUGUUUGGAGAAAGGGCGCGGAGUGGAUCGCUUUAAGCAUAUCUUGUGCAUGAUCUUGGUUAAGGUCAAAUGGAAGAUUAGAGCAAAUGGAAGACAAUAGAGCAUAUUGGGAGG